AUGAAGUAUGGCACGAUAACGGUACGAGCGAGCGCGUCAGCGGCCCGCCCGCCGGCUAUUUAUACCAUUGUAGAUUAUGCAAUCUGGCUCCAGCCAUUCAUGCCCCGACUGGGACGCCCCGCGCCGGGGGAAGGGGGCGGGGGGCACCAUUCCCGGGCGCCGGGUCAGUUUCUAAGUUUGCAUCAUCCCCUUUAUUACGAGAGCUUGGGUUUCCAUUCCUGCCGGCUGGUCUUGGGAGAGACAGCUGGGCUACAAACUCACUUGGCACGCACUGGCACACACGACCGCUUACUUAAACAUAAUAAAGGCACCGGGACGCCGAGGCGCUGCCGAGCAGCUCGCAGGGCUGGGCUCCGGGCAGACCGGAAGGAACUGAUAAAGCGAGCGCUAAUGAUACCCGCUCCCUCCCCCGUCGGAAGUGUCCUCCGAGCGCCGGUCAUUGAGAAAUACCGAAGGGGCAGAAUGGGGGUGAGGUUGCAUGCCAAGGAAGCCAGCCUUACCCAUUGCCCAGACAGCGCUGCUUUGGAGAGAAGCUUUUUGCACUCCACCACCUCUGGCCGCUGGGAAGACGUCAUCGCUUCCGCCCUACUUCCUCCUCCUGUUGGCGGCGGUGAGAAUCCAAUAUGGAGUAAAUCGGUGGAGUCGAGAGAUGGGGCUCGGACGGGGCGCCCUGCACCGCCUCCCAGGCGCACCUCCCCCGGCCGCCGACCGCUCCCCGGAACCGUGAUUGGCCAGGCCCCCGGGGGCGACCCCGGACCGAGCCCCCACCCGCGGCUGGCCCUCCUCUCCUCCUCCUCUGAGCAGUCCCCGCCGCUCCACGGCGCGCUUGUUUUUCUCCUCGUCUCCCCCACCGCCGUCCCCUGCCCAAAUCUCUCCCCCUCUGCUCGCUGCCGAGCCCCCGGAGCCCCUCCUGCCGAGCCCCGGGCGCUGCGGGGCUCACUCCUCCCGCAGCUUGCCUUUGCACCCCUUCCCCAAACCUCACCCCGCGCUCCUAUCGCCUGCUUCCCCUUCUGCCUUCUGCGGCGCCCCUUCAUCUCUCGCCGCUCCCCCUCCCCAACCAAAUCAGGCGAUCUCCGGAGAUGUGAAGAAGGAGGGUGAGCGGACAGGAAGAUGAAGGGAGCAAAGCUGCCCGCCGCGGGACAGGCGUCUAGGUGAACAGGAAAAUGACCGAAGAAACACACCCGGACGAGAAGGUGAUGAGAGCCUAAAGACCCCCCCCCCGCCCCA